UGGCAGUUCUGCGUCGCCUCCCCACGAGGUCAGUCAGAGCCACGCGCGAGAAGCUCGGUGACCGGAAGCCGGCUGACAUGUAGUGCCAAAAUCGGGAGCCUCGCGAAUCAGCCAAAGCCUCCCGCCAUGUCGCGAAUUGUCUGAGAGAAGAAGACAAGCCGCGUCGGUACGUUGUUCCGGUAACGAAAAUCGCGAGGCAUGCUAGUGAUCUUUGCUAAGCGCGAGAUGCUUUUGAUGCUGCUCGAUGCACUUUGGACAGUGUUUCUACUGCACCUUGUAACGACCGUCGAUUGUCUCGCUGAUAAACAAGGAAAUGAGAAUCAUCACCAAGGAUGCAAGCUCGAAGGAAUGCACCCACUGCUCAUCGUCACCUACAAGAACGUCACAAUAUCGGCUGACAAGAUCACGCUGUCCCAUGGAUCCCGGGUCUCAAUUCGCUGCCGGGAACUCGGCAGGUACAAACUCAUGGGGGAUUCCUUGCUGCAGUGUCGGAACGGGGCCUGGAACGGAAAGCUGCCUUCUUGCGUUCCCACAACGGCCAUCUCUAAUUAUACCGAGGACGUUCCACCGACAAUUCUGUUUGGCUUGCCGGCUGGGUCGGCGGCUGUUGAACCAUCCGGUACUCUCGCCGUUUUUCCCGGCAGCAUCCUGCAUCUCGAGUGUCUCUUUGCCCGACGUCUCGGAAAUCCUGAAUGGACCUGGACUUCGAACAGACAAUAUCUCACUGGCUGGGCUAUCGCAUCUACAGAGAGGGACUGGAAGUACAGACUCUCCAUAUACUACGCCAAGUCUCAAGACUCCGGGAAUUACGUGUGCUCCACGCCACGAGGCUUGGCCAACUCCAUUCGCGUCCAUGUGGUCGACAUCCAUUGUCCCACGAUUGAACAACCAGUCGCACCGUUGAGUGGGAAAAUCGAGGGUGCCAGGAUGGGACAGAGCGCGACGUUCAAGUGUCCAAAGGGAUAUAGGCUGCAGGGUUCGCCGAACAUAACCUGCCAGUAUAACGGUUUAUGGUCAGCCGCAGUACCUCGCUGCGAGGCGAUCCUUUGUCCUGAGCUUGUACCACCGAAUGCAAAGCUGCAACUCCUCGAGCGCAACAACAGCCAUGGAGGCCGAGUAGUUUUCACCUGCAUGUGGGGAUACAGACUAUCGGGUCCUCAGAGUAUCCAAUGUGAGGGCGAGGGCGUCUGGUCAAACACCAUGCCUACUUGCGAAGAAAUCACCUGCCCACUACCAACGUCCCCAAAGAGUGGACAUAUAAUCGAACACAAGCGGAGUACGAAAAAGCGAAAUUUUCGAUACAAGGUUGGCGCUCUGGUCCAGUUCGCUUGUCAACCUGGUCAUCAGCUGGUCGGUGAAUCUUCGGCGAUCUGCACCGAAGGUGGAAGCUGGUCGCACCCAACGCCGAUAUGUAAGGUGAGAUGUCCGUAUCCUGGCGAUCCACCGCACGGCAGAAUCGCUCCAUUGAAGUUCUGGUACGAGCCUGGAGACAAUAUCCAGGUGACGUGUUCACCGGGCUACGUAACACCUUUGGAACCAGUGAAGAGGCCUACCUGUCGAGAGAACGGUAUUUGGAGUGGUCCCCCGCCCCCUUGUCGAUCCUACAAAGACGUUUAAAAAUUAAAGCUCGACUCGAGUCCGAUGGCGUGCCAAAAUUGCGUUCCCUCACCUUGCCUCGUUUCAUCGCAUCUCCUGUUUCUAAGAGACGAGACGCGCGAGGUAGAGUACACGGUACAAUACACACACGUACAUACACAAAUACAUACAUGCAUAUAAUACAAGUCGUGAGGAAAUCGGUUUAAUUUCAGGUUUCGCGCGACCUUUAAGCCCUCGAAUAUACCGCCCAACAACAGUCCAAAGCAUUCCUCCCAAGGAACAUAUAUACAUAUACAUGUAUAUAUGUAUAUAUGU